AUGUUGGUUGCUUCAGGCAUUGGUCUUGGUUGUGUGCUGAUGCAGGAGGGCAGAGUGAUAGCAUAUGCUUCGAGACAGUGGCAGGGCAGUGAGCGUAACCGUCCUACACAUGACUUAGAGUUGGGAGCAGUGAUCUUCGCGUUGAAGAUUUGGAGGUCUUACUUGCUAGGUGAGACAGUACAGGUCUUCACGGAUCACAAGAGUUUGCAGCAUAUCUUCACUCAGCCGAUGAUGAACGCGAGACAGACGCGCUGGGUUGAGUUCUUGGCGGAUUAUCAGGUGAGCAUUAACUACCAUCCGGGCAAGGCUAACCUAGUGGCGGACGCGUUGAGUAGACGGAGGUAUGAUUCCGCAGUUGAGCGAGAUGUGGAGUCUCUAGUUGGCGAGAUCAGUACCUUGCGUUUGUGUGCCAUUUCGCAGGAGCCUUUGGGUUUAGAGGCAGUGGAUCAGGCGGAUCUACUUAGCAGGAUCAGAGUUGCUCAGCAGAGUGAUCAGAGUUUGCUGGAUGCGACUAGAGUGACUGGUUCUGAGUAUGAGGUCUCUGCGAAUGGGACUAUCUUGGUUCGUGGGCGAGUUUGUGUGCCUAAGGAUGUGGAGUUGAGACAUCAGAUUUUGGGAGAGGCUCACGCGAGCAAGUUUUCCAUUCAUCCGGGAGCGACCAAGAUGUACCAUGACCUCAAGAGGUACUAUCAUUGGGUCGGGAUGAAGAGGGAUGUAGCAGACUGGGUUGCGAAGUGCAACACUUGUGCCUUGGUGAAGGCAGAGCAUCAGGUUCCGGGUGGUCUUUUGCAGAGUUUACCCAUUCCAGAGUGGAAGUGGGACAGGAUUACGAUGGAUUUCGUGGUUGGACUACCUGUUUCGAGGACUUUCGAUGCUAUUGGGAAGUUUGUGCGAGAGAUUGUGAGGCUGCAUGGAGUGCCAGCUAGUAUUGUGUCAGACCGUGAUCCCAGAUUCACUUCAGAGUUUUGGAGGGCGUUUCAGGCAGAGAUGGGCACUAAGGUGCAUCUGAGUACAGCUUAUCAUCCGCAGACAGAUGGUCAGUCAGAGAGGACUAUUCAGACUUUGGAGGAUUUGCUGAGGAUGUGUGUGUUGGAUUGGGGUGGCCAUUGGGCAGAUCACCUGAGCUUAGUUGAGUUUGCAUACAACAACAGCUUUCAGGCGAGUAUUGGCAUGGCUCCAUUUGAGGCUUUGUAUGGGAGGCCAUGUAGGACACCCCUAUGCUGGACCCAAGUGGGGGAGCGCAGCAUGUAUGGAGCUACUUAUGUUCAGGAGACGACAGAGAAGGUUCGUGUUGUGAGGCUGAACAUGAAGGAGGCUCAGGAUAGGCAGAAGAGUUAUGCAGAUAGACGCAGACGAGAGCUUGAGUUUCAGGUUGGAGAUAGAGUUUAUCUCAAGAUGGCUAUGUUGAGGGGUCCUAACAGAUCCAUAGCAGAGAACAAGCUGAGUCCGCGAUUUAUGGGUCCGUUUCCAGUAGUGGAGCGAGUUGGGCCAUUGGCUUACAGGCUGGAGUUGCCUGAGAUUAUGAAAGCCUUUCACAAGGUUUUUCAUGUGUCGAUGCUGAGGAAGUGUCUUCACCCUACAGAGGAGUUAGUGGCUAGGAUUCCAGAGGAUCUUCAGCCAGAUUUGACAGUGCCGGCAGUGCCUGUGAGGAUUUUAGAGAGGAGGGAAAAGGUUCUGAGGAACAAGAGGAUUCCCUUACUGAGGAUUUUGUGGGAUUGCAGUGGUUCUACAGAGGAGACUUGGGAGCCAGAGGCAAAGAUGAAGUUGAAGUUCAGGAAGUGGUUCGACAAGCAGGUCGAGGAGUGA